AUGAGCGAUCCCAUCCUGUUUGCAGAGCUGAUGAAGGAAACCGGGCAAAGAUACGGUGCCAUCAAGAUCAUCAUGCCGGAAAGCUUCAAUACCAUGGCCAGAACGAAUUUUCAGGUGAAUCCCGAUCUUUUUCAAUUCAAGACAAACCGCAUUCUCGCCAAUCCAAAGGAGAACGAGAUUUUGACGAGACUCCGUUUCUACAACGAGCUUAUCGGAUUCCACAUUCUGCAGAGAGCAGAGGCUCCAGAGGUUGCAGUCAAGACAGAAGAAGAAGCACCUGUGGAAGGUUCACAAAAGGAAGAAACUCUCCAGCCUAAAGAGGAGCUUCCAGACUCACAGCCCAAGGAACCAAAGGCGGAAGAAAAGCAGAAAACAAAGCUGCCCUUGUUUUUGCAAAAGCUACCGAUGAUGGACAAACGCCCACUAGACCUCUUUGACCUUUUCCGUUUGGUUGUCAUGAGAGGCGGUUACAACGAGGUGAUCAACAGAAAGCUCUGGGCCCAAAUUGGCCGUGAGCUCGGCUACAAGGGAAAAAUCACUAGCAGUCUCAGCAGCUCACUCAAGCUUUCCUAUGCUAAGAUUCUCUAUCCUUUGGAGACAUUUUUGGGUCAGAGAUGCGCUGAAGUAGCUGGUUUGGCAGACCGUCCUGGCGAUGGAGAGCCUCCUGCCAAAAAGCUCAAAGUCGAGCCUCUGGCUCCUCUUCUUCUUGGAUCUGCAAAAGAGUACAGACGUUCUGUGAAGGCCAAGGCAAGCAAAGGCAUACUUUUGAACCAGCCACAUUUGAUCGACGUGAAACCACCUCUUGUGUUUUCGGCAAAUUCAGAAAAUGGGUCUUCUCAAGGCGACUCUAAAGCGAACAAAAAUACGACCUCUUGUUCACUCACACCUGCUGCUCAAAUCAACAGCUAUUUGAAAUGGAUCAGUACAAAUGCAGCAAACCUACAAGAUGCCACGAGACAUGAGCCAAACGGAAAAUCAGCCUCGAUAUACUCCCUCCGUCAGUUCAUUGAAAAAGAUUGCAAAUUCCAGGAGGUCUUGAUCUCGUCGAAUCCAGCAUUUUUCGGUAUCAACAGCGAGAUACAAAUGUCCACGCCCGUGCAUAAUCUUCCGAACCAUUUGACCGGUUUCCAGAUCAGCGAAGAAUCCAGCCCCAUUUCUCCUCAAGCUUUGGAGGACAUUUACUGGCAGCGUGUGUGUCAUGAAGGUGUCGACGAUAUACUCGACGGUUUGAAGAUCGAAAACGGUUUUUCUUUGCCUCACUUGGCAAACAGCUCCGGCUUUCUUCGAAUCGGCGACGACUUCACCAACUACAAAUUGCAGCUCAACACCUCCAACCAGCAUAGUGUGAGUUUCUCAGGAUCGGAGUCCACGAAAAGCCAGGAACAUAUCUCCACCGCUAGCAGCAAAAGUGGAACUCCUACGCCAGCUGAUACCCCAGUUUCUUCCUCCAGACCUUCUUUUAAUGGUGAUACAUCCACCUCUUCAUCGCAUAGUGAAGCGCUCAUCCUCAAUUGCCAGCCAUACAUUUCCAGAACCAUAGGCAACUCAUUGGCUCCGUUCAAUCUUCACAAUAUACCCACAUUGCCAAACUCGCUUCUUGGAGCCCUUUCCGCCCAUGACGUCAACAAUAACGACAUGUACAACUCACGCUUGAAUGUUGGCAUGACUUUCAGUUCUGAAAAUUGGCAUUCUGAGGAUCAUUUCUUGCAGCGGUGCAGCUACCAUUUUUUCGGCAGAAGUAAGCGUUGGUACUUCAUUCCCGAGCUGGACUUUUCGAAAUUCGAAGAGCUUCUCCGUGACAUUAAUACGAAGAAGGACUCCAAGGUCAAUUUGAACAGUCAGUCUGAAUCUUGGCAAAUCGGCGAGCUUCUUAAAUUUCUCAGCACAGAGGAUGAAAGCUUGAAUUUCGAGUACGAGUGUCUUCUCAAUUCCCUUGAAAACAUGGUGAAUCCGUACCCUGAAGUCCGUGCAUUCAUCAACGAUCCGGAGUUUCAGAAAAUCAUCGAUUUCCAGAAAUCCAAAAGAGACAGCAUCUACUACAACCAAGAGUACUUCAUCAACCCGGAAAUGCUCCAGAGCAGAGGGAUCCGGUUCACCACAACUUUGCAAAAGCCUGGCGAAAUCAUCCUUCAGUACCCCAAGUCCUACUCGCUGUCCAUAUCCUUGGGCUUGAACAUCACUGAAGAUGUCAAUUUUGCAUCUAAGGGCUGGCUUGACUACGCCUUGGAGGGAGAAGAAUGGCUCAAAAAGCAAGGGAUUCUUCCUAACAUAUCGCUAUUCAAGCUACUUGUGAACAUCGCCAGUUUGUACGAAAACAACUGCGGAAGCUUUGAUUCAGAUGUCUACACGAAAGCACUGGAAUGUUACGACAAGCUUUUGGAGAAGGAGCUUGAACUCAGAAACAAGGUUAGGACCAGGGUCAAGAUGAAGGAGGUUGUGGUGGAAGAAAGAAGCAUUCCUGAUGCCGACGGUAUUGCAGACGACAAUCUCCAGAACUUGUUUCCUUCGAAGAUCUUGAUAAGCAACACCAAGGAUGGUGAGCAGUUAUCCAUGUCUCUCGAAAGCUUCCUUCAAUAUUGUGACGCCUUAGAGGUCCAGAAGAGAGAAAACCAGGAACCAAGCUUACCAGACUUCAUAUCCUCGACUUCCCACAAAAUCGAGCUUCAUUUGUUCUUGUCUGAUGAUCGUCUCAAGAACUACCAGAGAGUCCUCAGUGGAUACUCUAUCGAGUUUGACGAAUGGGUCACGACUUACGAAAAUGUCAUGAAGGACGAGGAGGAGGUUCCUUUCAAAACCUACAAGACUUUGUUGGGAGACGGUCAAAAGAUCCUUGCCGCUUUGUCAAGUGCUCAUCCUAGGUUCAAAAGGUUUGUUUCUAACGGAUCCCGUGGAGCUCAGGACCUUGAACGUGAGGAGAAGAUGAAAGUUUUCAAGGAGUAUGUUGAAAAUCUCGAUCAUUUCGUUACUCACUGCAAUGACAUCAUCGAGGAGUGUCAAGCUGUUUUGUCGUUGAAGCAUCAGCAAAGAAUAAGAGGAGCCUCAGAGAAUAAUGUGCCGCAAGAACAGGAUAAACAAGGAAAACUCUCGACAUUGCUCGACCUUGCUAACAAAAUUCCGAAGCUCAACUUCUAUGCUGUCGAGUUUGACCAAGUUCUCGAAUUCAAGAACGAGAUCCAAAACUUCGACCGUGCAUGUCGUAACUUGAUUUCAAAGCCCAAUGUCCAACAGUCUGAACUCAACGACAUGAUCAAUUUGGGAACUUCGUUUGGUAUCAAGUUGCCAAUACUCGACUUUUUGGUGAGAUUGCGGGACAGAGAAGUUUGGAUCAAGACCUACAACAUUCUUUUUGAAGGCGGUGAUCCUUUUGCGGGAAAGAAGGAAGUUUACUCAUUAUCCCAUCUUCAGCAAUUCCACAACGAUGGUUUGCGUGUUCUCAGUGCUAAGGAUGUUGAUCAGCUUCAGCAGGUUGAUGCAUGGUUACAGGAAGGUAAUUCGUACGACGAGAAGGUCAAUGCCUACAUUUCAAACCACAAGCAGCUCAACAAGAUCAACCUCGCUGAACUUGAUACUUUGAUUAUUGAUAUGGAGGAAAAGGCCAAGGAGAUCAAAGAGAAACGUCUUUUCGUAUUCAUGGAAUCCUACCACAAACUUGUCGAUAUCAAGGCUCAAGCACCUCUUGUCAAGUUUUUGCAAGACUACCAAACUACGAAGCCUUCGUUAUUUGCUGCAAAACAGAUGAUGGCCGAUUUGGAGAAGUCCAAAUACGACUAUGACGACUCAGAAAUCAAGGCUGAUCUUGACAAGUCCCUCAAUUGGUUGGGUAACUUGUGGACGGCUUUGAAGAAGGUCAAGGCAUCUUUUGGUUCUAGGGCAAAGAGGCUGUUUGAUACUCAGACUUUGAAACAAGCUGUGAACACCGAAUUGGUCAAGAAACUCUCCACAAUCUAUACCAAGACUGCUACGAACCUUGCAGGUGAAGAAGUUGAUCCCUUCAAAAGAUCCGGUGGCUAUUUGUUCCUCAAAGACAUUGACCCCGUUUACGAUGAGAAACAGCCCUUGCGUUACUGUCUCUGUCGAGAGUUUGAGGAUGGAAUCAUGAUCGAAUGUGACCGUUGUCACGAGUGGUACCAUAUCUUCUGUGUCAAGGAAAAGCUGGAGAUCGAGGAAAACGAUGAUAACUACGUUUGCCCUGCUUGUUUGCUGUUGGACUCUGAGUCGAUUCUUGCAGAAUUUGCAGAGGAGAAGAUCACCGACUCAUUGAUCGAUGAGUUUGUUGCUUCUGGCGAGGACCUUAAGAUCAAGCCUUCAAGCGAGUUGGAUGAGUUGAAGAGAUUGAAGGAGCAGAUUGACGACUUUAGGAGAACCUUCAGUGGGAAGGUUUGGAACUCUGAGCAGACAGCCCUUCUGGUGCACUAUGAGGCCUACAUUUUCAGAAAGGUAUUUGGUGCUCCGGUGCUUAUAACUUCGAUCUACGAGAAGCUCUCUGGAUUUUUGAAGACCAAUUUGAACAUUCUUCUUACGGCCAAGCCCGAGGAAGAUGUAUCGAAGAAUGUUGAAAAGUCAGAAAACGACAUGGAUGUUGAUCGUGAGUCCCCAGCUACACCUUCGAAAGCCCAAUCUCCAAAAGAAGAUGCUAGGGAAUCGGUCACCAGAAGCCCCACAGAGUUCAAUGAGGAUCAAAGAAGAUUCUACUCGCACAAGACCCAGCCAAGUGGGCCUAUUCUUCCACCUCCCGUUCCUCAAUUCUUUUCUCCUCUUUCAAUGGCUAAACAAGCUCCACAAGCUGAAGUUGAAAAGCCAACGGAACCACAUCCAGUUUCUGGGGCACCAGUGGCCGAAAAGUCGUCUGAAUCAGUGAAGGAGGAAUCCAUUGCAGUUGAGCCUGAAAGUGAAACCAAGGCUGAAACCAAGGAAGUUAGUGAGCCUGUGGGUUCCACCGGUCCUGAGGUGACCUCACCCCUGCCAUCUAAGCCAGAUUCUAGCAUUCCUGAAAAGACUGGAGUGUCAUCACAAUCUACAGAUGCAAAGCCAGAGGAGGCCAUCAAGGAAACUCCUACACCUGUUGUUGAAAGCGCCAUUUCACCCCAGCCCGCUCCUGAAAUCUCGGAGACACAUAAAGCUGUUGUGGAUGAAAAGCCAGUUGACAUGGAGAUCGAGAAGGAAGACAGCUCUAAUGUUCUGGAUAUUCUGAAGAAUGAGCCUGUUCGUGAGUCAGAAUCUAAGGAAUCAGCUGAAACUGAGCAAAAAGCUACACAAGAUAAAACUCCAGAGAGAAGCUCAUUUUCAGUUCCAGAACCCAGAGUUGAGCCACUUCCCGAGGCUGUUGGUGCUCCUUCUCAAUCAGCCGAAGCGGAACCCAUGCAAGUUGACACAGAGGAUGCAGCAUCCCCGGAGAACAAAAGUGUAUUGGCUCCUGAGCCGGUGAUUGAAGAAUCACACGAGAAUGAUCCUAAACAGGAGAGUGUUUUUAAACAGGAGGAUGCUUUCAAACAGAAGGAUGCUUCUAAACAGGAGGAUGCUUCUAAACAGGAGGAUGUUUCUAAACAGGAGGAUGCUUCGAAACAUGAGCACGAGUCCAUUAAGCAUGAUGAGUCUAACCAGCACAAUGAGGCUCAACAACAGCAUGAGUCUUCCGUGUCUAAGGAAUCCGAGCUUCUUCCAAAAUCCAAACCCACAGUGGAACCUGAGGAAACAAAGAUUCCUGAAGUGGCGAGACUGCCUGUUGAAGAACCAAUUGAGCCUAUUUCUAAAAUCAUCGAUGAAGCAAAAUCAAAUCCAGAGCCUGUGGAACCAGCAGCUCCUUCUCAAGAGGCUCCUAAAAAAGCAACUCCAGCUGUCACAGUGGAAGAAAACCAGGAAGCCCAACCUCCCGUUCAACCCACUAUUCCAAUUACCGAAUCAUCAAACUCACAGCCAAAACCCGAACAAAUCGAACAACCACCAUCGAGUGCCCCUGGCAACUCAUCCUCGACAGUCCCCUCCUCAAAUCAACCUCCUGCUGUUGAGCCUGGUGACGACACCCUUUUGGCAUCUUUAGCUGCUGAUUUCCCCAACACCUCAGCGUACCCCGACGAGACCUACGUGGACCAAUCAUUGCCUUUUAUUUCCAGCGAACCAAAACAAGAAACCUCCCAAGAAACAUCAACCGCACAAUCCGCAGCCUUAGGUGAGAUGCUUUUGGCUGAGCUAGGAGAGAACCCUGAUAGUGCAAGCAACGAGCAAAAAUAA